GACUGGGGUCUUGAUGGGCUUGAUGAGAUUUCGCCUGAGAGUAUCAAAGAUAGAUGCAAAGUAUUCAUAAAUGGAGAUUGGGCAGGAUGCUUUGAUGAGGCAGAGACCCUCUGUAAUACCCUUAAAGAAAUCAGAAGAAAGGGGCACAUCCGUAACGAUACAUCCAUCGUCAGAGAUAUUAUCAAUCGCGAAGUAAAAAUAUUUACGGACGCGGGUCGCGCUAUGCGUCCUCUCUACGUAGUCGACAAUGAAACAGGUAUGCUGCGCAUCCGCAAGCGCGACGUGGAGAGAGUGCGGGCCAUGAUGGGCACAGCUGAGAAGGGAGCGGGUUGGGGUCACUUAAUGGCGGAGGGUGUGAUUGAAUACAUUGAUUGUGAGGAGGAGGAAACAUCGAUGGUGGCGAUGUUUCACAAGGACCUUAUAGAGAAGGGAAAAACAAUUCCUUACACGCACUGCGAGAUUCAUCCGUCCUUGAUUUUGGGCGUUUGCGCGUCCAUCAUUCCGUUUCCUGACCACAACCAGUCGCCGCGUAACGUUUACCAGAGCGCUAUGGGGAAGCAAGCGAUGGGGGUGUAUACAACGAACUUCAAUUUGCGUUUAGACACUCUAGCGCAUCUGCUGUACUACCCGCAGAAGCCGCUGGUGUGUACGCGAGCGAUGGAGCACCUCAAGUUCAGAGAAUUGCCUGCGGGAAUCAAUACGAUUGUCGCGAUUCUCUGCUACUCCGGAUACAACCAAGAGGACUCUUUAAUUAUGAAUCGCAACAGCAUCGAUAGGGGCCUCUUCAGAAGCCUCUUCUGCCGUACAUACUGCGCAGAAGAAAAACAACAGGGCUCAUUAAUCGUAGAAGGCUUCGAACAACCGAAUGCGGAAACAACAUCAGGAAUGAAAAGAGGAGAUUACUCCAAGCUUGAUACCGACGGCCUUGUCGAACCUGGUUCCCGAGUCCUGGGAGAUGAUGUCAUUGUCGGCAAAACUUCACCGAAUUUCGACGACAACGACCCGCUGGCGCCUCCAGGGGCUGAAGCGUAUUUGUCGAAGACGAAGAAGGACUGCUCGCUGUGCUUAAGAUCAUCAGAAAGCGGGGUUGUGGACACUGUUAUGUUGAGUGUGAACUCCAAGGGCUCACGAUUCGUCAAAGUGAAAGUGCGCAGUGUUCGCAUUCCCCAAACAGGUGAUAAGUUUGCAAGUCGUCAUGGACAAAAGGGAACGAUCGGUAUUACCUACAGACAAGAAGACAUGCCUUUUACAGAGGACGGAGUGGUACCUGACUUGCUGAUGAAUCCGCAUGCAGUUCCGUCUCGCAUGACAAUUGGUCACCUUGUCGAAUGUCUGCUGGGGAAAACUGCAGCCAUCAUCGGGGGGGAAGGUGACGCGACUCCCUUCAAUGACGUAAGAGUAUAG